GUAAUUUUGUUCUAUACUCUUCAUUCCAGGCCUCGACGUCAGAGCUGCUAAAAUGUCUGGGAAUGUUCCUGCACGACCGGUGCCGAAAGCUGCGAGAUUUCCAAGCAGGUGACGCCGUGAUGUGGCUGCGGGCAGUCGAUCGGAGUCUACUGCUUCAGGGAUGGCAGGACGUUGCCUUCAUCAACCCGGCCAAUGUGGUGUUCGUGUACAUGCUGGUCCGGGAGCUGGUGGACGGCGAGGAGACCAAAGAGGCUGAACUACAGGCGGCGGUGCUGACCUGUCUCUAUCUGUCCUACUCGUACAUGGGCAACGAGAUUAGCUACCCGCUGAAACCCUUCCUGGUGGAGGAUUCCAAGGACAAGUUCUGGGAUCGGUGUCUGCUGAUCGUGAACCGGCUGUCCUCGAACAUGCUGCGGAUCAACGCUGAACCGGGCUUCUUCACCGAGAUCUUCACCGAACUGAAGGCCUGCGGUAUGAACUCGUCCAGUUCGAACCCCAACGGAAACCUGCCGUGCGGUGCGGCUUGACGCAGUAACAGCAGCAGUCGCCAUCCCCGAGAGGUUGUUGUCCGGCUGUCGAUUGCCGGUCAGCAGCAAAAGUACCAGCACCAGACGACCCUCCAGGAGCUGACCAGUGUCGUUUGAAUGGGAACGACGACAUGACUUCAGCCCGAAUAGAUGGCCAGAGUACAGCGCCCCCAGCCAUCAACCAACGAGAGCUCAGCCUACAACAACAGAAACUAUCACAUGUCACUACUACCAUAGCAGCAAUCAUUCUAACAAACCGACACACUAUAGUUGAAACGGGUUCAGUGGUCUAAACCCUAGAAGGGUGAUAUCCUUCUUCAACCGUAUAGAUGUAUGUGUGUGUUCCGUUCAACGCCAUAUUACAAAUAGUAGCCUCCUCAUCAUAAACCGAAACAAUAGCAAAAAAUAAGAGAAGAACAAUUGUGCUAGAGCUUGGGUGAAAGUUCUCAAACCAACGAAUGCGAAAACUAUCGGUCUUACGAGGGUCGGACAGUCGGAGUAGUGCAGUAAUUCACAUUGAAGUUAAAUAGCCAUACAAGACACAAACACAUUCUUAGCAAGGGGAUUACCACAAGCCAUUUUUGUUUCGUUACCAAUCCAUUGGAAAACAGUAGUGAUUCCCAAAGAUUAGAGUAGAAGAUACGCAAAAAUAAUAGACUCUUUGAAGUUUUCCCGAAAACUGUCGAACAAGGUCGGUUUUGAAUUUAAAAGACAACCGUUUGUAAUUACCAGGUCGUAUUCUCAAUUCCUCCAUGAAUUAAAAGUUAAACGUAAGAAGUUUGGCAGAAAUAGAAAUACGAAGGAAGAAAACCCAACAAAAUGUGAUUCGAUGAAAUUAUAUUACUAUUAGACGAAAUUUAUGAAGUUAGGAUUACCCGGAAACUCCAUCACCAAGAUGGAACUGAUUCUCAAAUUGAGAUGAGAUGAUUUAGAUGGUUCCAGAAGAGAAGGAAUGUUUUUGUUAGGUUACACACAACUUCGUGAUAUUAUUUAAAUACUAUGGCAAAAUAAUUGAACAGAUCUGCAAAUUUUGCUAAACAUAAUUUCAGAUGUAUCUUUUGGAUACUGGAGCUCUUGCUUAACGUAUAAAUGACCAGUAAAGUUUAUGUUUUCAGUCGAUUUUGGCAUAUUGCGUAAAACGUUUGAAGCAAUCUUUUUUUCUGGUCUGAUUGGGAUAUAAAUUUCAACAAAGUUUAAUAAACUGUCAUCGUUCUAAUCGCAAAUAUUCAUGAAAAAGUAUUUGAGAAGAAACAGCUUUAAAAACAGUGUUAGGUAAUGCAAAUGCAUGACAACUUCUAUUGCCGGUCACACCUAUCUCCUCCGUUACGAGGAAAGAAAAGGAUAAUGUUUAUACAACACCCAUUGAAAAGAGGCCAGGGAUAAGGUCUCUUCUUACUUGCCUUUUUGAAAAGUAUAAAAUUUGAAGUGAAAAUAAAUAAAAUUUGAAGUUAUCGAACAUUUAAAAUAGAAGCAAGUUAAAAUGUAUAACUUUCACAGCAUAAUGAAAAUUAUAGGGCUUAGAUUUGAAGGGUUCGAUUAUUUCUCAUCAUUUUUAAACCCUAUAUUCAAAUUCCAAAAUUUCCCGUUUCGGCUAUACAGUCAACAUAGAAUACUAGGCUAAAUACACUGUCCCAAUUGGGAUGUAUUGCUUUUAAAACGUAUUAGAAAAACGAGAUUUUUUUUGCCAAAAUUUAAGACAAUUUUAAAAAUUUGAACGAUGAAGUCUAGUGUGAACGUUUAUUUUAUACAUCUCCGGUUUAAAUCAUCAUUGAUCUAUCGUUUGACAAGUUGUAUCGAUUUGAUUUGGAAAAAGACCGUACUUAAUGCAAAACGAAACCAAAAGCUACUAGCGAGCAGAACGGAGUGAUGAAGGUUUGAAACAAAACCAGAAAAGCCAUAACCUAAGAAAGAAACAAAAAAACUAACAAAAACUAGCCGCGGUAUAAUAACAAAAAAAAACUGAACAAACUUUGUAUAGUGAGUAAGUGAAUGUUAAUGUUUGAUUUUAGUGGUUAGAGAAACAAAAACAAGAAAAAAGCAAGCAAAAAGUCGUUGAUUAUGAAACAAAGCUAAUUCACACCUACUCAAGUGCGUGCAAAAAAGUGAAUUUUGAGACGACAUCGAUGACAUGUGUACAGAGAUUACUGUGAAAAAUACAGCGAGCAAAGAGGGAAUGCAGUGUAUGGGAAACCUUUAAUCUGUUGUGCAAUGGUUGAAAACGUGUGGUCUAGUUUGGAUAAGUUUGUUGAUUCUUGGUUUGUCUCUUCGUGGUUAAAAUUUGGAAACAAAGUGUAGAUAUUUCGGUUUACUCUGUAUUAUAUUUGACAAUAGCAAUGAUCUCAAAAAUAUAGUUUGCAAAACAUUAUAAAUCAAUUUAAUGCACGUUUGCACAUUCCGUUAGGUAAUAUUGAUACAUAUCAGGAAUGUACGUAACAUAAACUCGUAACAAAAGAAAUCAAUUUCAGUUCCCAAUGGGUUGAAAGAAUCAGUAAAAUCAAAAUGGAAAUGUAUCGAUGUAGUAAUCAAUCAGGAAAUUUAAUUUCUUGGAAAUUAAUCAACUUCAGCUCUACACUUAUAACUUAACCCUUUUUGAGAACAACAAUAUAUUUUUUUCAAUUGUUUGCACUUCUACAAGUUGAGAAUUUAAUUAACAACAAAUGAAUUGAAUUUCAAUCUUUGAUGGAUAAAUGACUUAAAGACAGUUCACAAAUUUUUAACGACUUCGAUAUAUUUUGGGAAAACAUAAGAAUCCCAUUUGGAAUUGCUCAGAAAAGGAAGGCUUUGCGCCAAUGCAAAUGUAUUCAUUGAUACAUUUCUAUUUUUCACUGAUCUGAAAUGCUCUUUAUUAAUCUAGUUUACAUUUGAAUAAUCCAUUAUAUUAAAAACGAUUUUUUCUCCCCAUACUCCAGUUGAAAGAACUAUAGCUCUCUAUAAUCAACUGUGAAUAAGCCACAUAAUAAAAAUCUUAAGAUAAAAUAGCAAAAAAAAAAACACUCAUACACUGACACAAAAAUCCAUCCAACAGUUAAGUUGUAUGUUUUAGCAAAACAAAAAUCGUGAUUUAUAUAACACAAUACGCUCACUCUGUUUUUACUAUAGUUUUAAAACUGUAUCGUGUAUAUUGUGUAACAAUUUCCCAACAAUUGCAAAGAACGAAUGUAACAUGUGUAUCAAUAGAAUACUUUCAUCCCAUCCCAAUUUUAAACCACUCCUCUUGCCGCAUAAUGCUUAGAACUGGAAAAAAUAACUGUAAAUAUCAAUUUCUUCUCUGUGUUUGCUAUGAAGCAGAAUUUCAUUUCCAGUUAAAAUAAAACUCGGUUUGGACGCUGAACAACAUUUGUGAAACGCAAUGGAAAUUGGUUUCAAUGUAAGCAAUUUUCAACCGUUGUCCACACAACCGCAUAAAGAGGGCCGGAGUAUGUGCAAUUAAGAAGGAAUGUUCUGAAAAACCAUCGUGAAAUAUAGUGCGACGAAUACAAACGAAAUUUUGACCAAUGUAAUCAUGAUUGAAAAACGCGGCAGGAUCGUUUGAUUGUGCAAUAAAGAAUGAAACUUAACUAGAAUUAGAACGAACUGUACACUGAAAAAAGUUGUAGUUUGAAAAACAACGUUUUUUGUUUGGUUUUAUUUACAAAAAAAUACUGAACAUGAGAUCGUUUUGCGAUCUUUGAAUGAAUACAAAUCUUCCAGAAAAUUCCGUACUAACUUUCUCUCGAUACGCAUUAAUUUAUCUUUCCUUUCACAUUCAAAACAAAUAAAAAUAUUUAACCAUUGCGAGUUGAACUGACAGAAGAUCUUAGUAAUUCAAUGACAUCGGUAGCCUUUCGGUAUGCCAGACUAGCAUAAACCAGAGUUUCGAAUAGUUCUUCUCGGGAACAACCAAGAUUAAAAUUAGUAGUAAAAUACAAAGCAGUUCAAACCAGAAAAAAAGCAUUAAACAUAGAAAAUUCAUCGACACGGGAAAAAUAAUGCUGCAACAGUAAACGUCACGAAAAAAAAAUACCUUGAAGUAACUAUACGAAAAAACGGGACAAGAUAAACACAAAUAAACCAAAUAAAAAUACUGUUGAAUGUUGAAUACGGAUGUAAAAGAAUAACAGAAAUAAACACAUAAUAAGAGUUAUUAACAAAUUGGAACGAAUCGUUUUAAACGGAACAGAUGGUUUGAUCCACACUGUGUUGUAACAGAAAUUUUCAAAGUGAAACGAGAGUAAUUGAAAACAGAACAGAUUAUCAACAGCGGCAAAAUGGUCAUCAUAUAAAGAAAACUAAUCUUUGGAAAGAUACACAAGACCAAUAAAAACAAACUUUAAUGUAGAAACGAAAGUUGUUAGAAAAUCCCUGCUGAAGUUGCCAGAAGAAACCAACCACAUCAAUAUGAACCCUGUUUCUGUCCAAAGAACACAUAAGCGAUUGGGACCGAAUGAUUGCCAAACCACGAACCACUAUAAACAUUCCCUAUCAAAUCACUUUAAAUACAGUGAAGUAAAGAAACAUUACACCCAGAAGAUCAGAUAAUAAAUACGUACAACUUAGGAGGGUGGAAGAAAUGACUACAGCAUGAUAUUAUCCGAGAUGCAGAUCUGUUAUCUCACGGGACAAAUGGAAAUAUAUGACCAUUGUAGAAGAAUAGUAUCCUCCAUACCUUACCAUCGUGAUGGAAUAAGGAAAAUGAACUAGUUACAACAAGCGGCUAGAAACCCCAAAUCCUGCGAUACCCAAUAUUCGACGAAAAAUCGGACAGGAGAAAAAGAGAAAAAAAUAAAAUUCACAACUUUCACGGAAG